GCCGCCUCCUCCUUCCUGCUGCCGGCGCGGGGGCGGCGGCGCUGUGGCGGCGGGGCCGGGGCAUCGCGGGCCCGGGCGCCUCCUCCCCGCUCCGCUCCUUCCCAUGGCCGGCAACUUCUGGCAGAGCUCUCACUACUUACAAUGGAUUUUGGAUAAACAAGAUCUAUUGAAAGAACGCCAGAAAGACUUGAAAUUUCUGACUGAAGAAGAAUAUUGGAAGCUACAGAUAUUUUUUACUAAUGUUAUCCAGGCUUUAGGUGAACAUCUUAAAUUAAGACAACAAGUUAUUGCAACUGCUACAGUCUACUUCAAGAGAUUCUAUGCCAGAUAUUCCCUAAAAAGUAUAGAUCCAGUAUUAAUGGCUCCUACGUGUGUGUUUUUGGCAUCCAAAGUAGAGGAAUUUGGUGUUGUUUCAAAUACAAGGUUGAUUUCUGCUGCUACUUCUGUAUUGAAAACUAGGUUUUCUUAUGCCUUUCCAAAGGAGUUUCCUUAUAGGAUGAACCAUAUACUAGAAUGUGAAUUCUAUCUCUUAGAAUUAAUGGACUGCUGUUUGAUAGUAUAUCAUCCUUAUAGACCUUUGCUCCAAUAUGUGCAAGAUAUGGGCCAAGAAGACAUGCUGCUACCUCUCGCAUGGAGGAUAGUGAAUGACACAUAUAGAACUGAUCUUUGUCUGCUGUACCCUCCUUUCAUGAUAGCUCUAGCUUGCCUACAUGUGGCCUGUGUUGUCCAGCAGAAGGAUGCAAGGCAAUGGUUUGCUGAGCUGUCUGUUGAUAUGGAAAAGAUUUUAGAAAUAAUCAGGGUUAUUCUGAAGCUGUAUGAGCAGUGGAAGAACUUUGAUGAGAGAAAAGAGAUGGCUACUAUUCUUAGUAAAAUGCCUAAACCAAAACCACCUCCAAACAGUGAAGGAGAACAGGGUCCAAAUGGUAGCCAGAACUCUAGUUAUAGCCAAUCUUAAGGCAUUCCAAAGAAUUUCUUUAUGGACCACUUUGACUCAAGACAUCCUGGGAUAUUUCCUGUGUUCAUGAAAUGGACAGAAGGUUUUAGUAACAUCUUUGACAAAGAACUCGAAGAAUAAAUAGCUUGUUUGUGUCAAGCAUUUUGAAAGCUUUUUCUCUAAAAUGAUAUAAUUUUCUCUGAAGCUGGAGCAAAUGCGCUAAGAUUUUUCAGUGUAAGGAAUCAAACUUUAAACCAAGCUGCAAAAGAUUGAUGUUUUUCACUCAAAACAAAUAGUUCAUUAUUGGUUUUAUUUGUGUUGAAGUGAACUAUUUUUAGAGCGACAGUAACCUGAAGCCUAAGUGUACUGUAUUAAUGACUUGUGUUGUCUUCAUUUUGUUUGUGACUGAAGGAAGAUAGAUUCAACACAGAGUGCACUAUCUAUUACCUUCAGUUUUGUUGAUUAAAAAAAAUAAAUACAGAUUCUGCAACAAGUAGCACACAGUCCUUCAGAAACAAAUGCCUAGAAAAGCCUGUAAAGAAUAUUGUUACAGUUUUAAUGAAAACUGCAGGAAAGAAAUUCAGUUUCUAUUUUUGGGUUUAAAAAAGCUGUAUUCCUCAGUAGAUCUACUUGGUUGUUUUUGCCACAAUACAGUAGCCCAGCUUGCCAGAGAAGUGCAAUAUGUAUAGUGAUUCUGCAGUUUUCUGAAACAUUUCAAGUGUUAGAAAUUAAGACAACCCAACAUACUAGGAUUUUUUUUUUUUAAUAAAUGUACUGUAUGGUACAAUCGGAAUAUUUCACAAUCAAGUACAAAUCUGGAUAUUAUUGCUAUUUUUUAUGGUGGAUUUUAUUGUAGCAAAGAUAUACACUGUUAGUCUGCCUUCACUGUUAGUGUGAAUUUGUGUGGUUCAUUAGAGAGUUUAUUUAAGAGGAUCAAGUGUUUGGUGAGCUUCAUACUGGCAAAUUUUAAUUGGGAUAUUAGGAGCAACUCUAGAAUAACUGAAAUGGGAUUCCUUGGUUACCUUUGUGCUGGAGAAAAUGAGAUUUCUUCAAACAGAAGGCCAUAUCCUGCGUUCCUUACUCAGGCAGAUAUCCCACUGAAGACAGGAAUUGGCCUUAAUUGAUUACUUGAUUUUUUAGAUAACUUUGUUUCUAACUAAGUUCUGUACAACUUUAUUUUGAAUGGUAAUGCCAACUUGCCCAAGUAUAAAAGCUGUAUGAUAUAGUUCAGUAACAUUGUGCUUUUUCUUUUGUUUUUGUUUUUUUUUUUUUUUUUUUUUUUUUUUUUUUGUUUUUUUUUGUUUUGUUUAUUUUCCUGAAACAACACAUUUCACUGCUCUGAAAUCCUGGAGGGAGAUUGAAAGCAUGUGCUCCAUGAUGUGUCUUGGUUCAAAAAACUGGCCCCUUAAAAAAACCCACCUGUUUUUGCAAAUACCUGUAUUUGUAAUUGGCUGGUUAUUCAGUGAAAUAUAACUGAAGUGGUUUUAUAUGUAGCCUGUUAGGCUAGUAGCAUUUAUUUCUGUUCAGGUUAUUUUCAUAAACCAUUAUGUGAACCCGCCCCAGACACUUUGGUGAGGUGGAAAAAAUACACAUUUUGGUCUUUGCUACUUGGUUGCCAUUUGAUCCAUACCUUUUAUAGACACUUGAUUGAUGAAGUGGAAUUUGGCUAUUUUGCUUUCAUUUCUUGAAGUCUAAAGUGUGCGAUUUGUAAUGUGGACUUGGGGAAUAUAAAUAAAUCUAAAGCAACUUGA